GAAAGCUGAUGCCAAGCCUGGGUGAGAGCAUGCCAGAGCUGUCACCUGCACAGACAUACAGAUAAAAUUUCAGGAAAAGUAAAAUGUCAAGAGAAAACUUUGUGCAGCUUGUCCCCUUCUCUGACAGGGAGAAGUCUUUCUUGCCUGCAAUUCCGGGGCAUCGAGUGGAGUUAUUAGAAGACAGAUUAGUAAAUCAAGAAAAGACCACUACUAUUCUCCUAGAUCAAGCCUUCAAGAUAAAAGAAGAUGUAUCCAUGCUGCGAGGAAACCGUGGUCAGAACUGGGACUUAAUGGCCCAACGCUUGCUUGAAAAUCACAUGCAGACAGUCAUACAAAUAGUCAAGCAACUGGGCAAAGAUAUUGAGGUUUUGGAAAAUGAGAUAAGAACUAGAGAUACAGUCAGCUCAGGAACAAGCUUCGCAGUACAAAGCUUGGACAGGAAACACCUAGCUGGAAUUGGUGAUCUGCGAGGUCGUGUGGCCAGAUGUGAUGCCAGUAUAACAAAAUUAUCAGGAGAGCUAAUAACCACUAAAAAGGAGCUGCAUACGCAGGAGAAAGAGUUUCACAAUAUAAGUGCUGCACUGGAGGCACAUAUGAAGGAGCUCGACUUUAAGGUGAUGCAGCUAAUAGGAAAAAUUGAAACUUCUAUUUCUGAACAGAAUAACAAAGUGAAGAGUGCCCAGGGGGAACAACGCCAUGAGAUCCAGCUUCUAGAUUUCAAACUUGGUGGCUUACUAGAGGAGAUUCAAGGACAAAUCCAAAAUCAACGAAAGUGGGCUGAAUCCCAGCUAGGAAGAACAGCUGAUGAGCAGACCCAGCACAUACAACAACUCAUUAAUGCUCUGAGAGACAGGAUGGACACAACAGAAAAGAGACUACAGGAGAAUGUACAUCACCUGACUCUGAAAGUAGACAACACCAACCACACACUAAGACUGGAAGCCAAGUUCAGCAAGCUGAAGCACGCAGAGGACAAAAUGGCUGCCAGAAUCUCAAAAUUUGAAAGCCAAAUCUGGGAUGAGAUUGAGAAUAUGAAAAGUGAAUAUAGAGCAGGUUUCCAGGCUAUACAGGAGUCUCUGAAUUCUCUUCAACAAAUCCAAGAGACAAAAGUGAAACUAGAAGGUAGAAAAUUCCAGAAAGACAUAAAGCAAAUACGACGGAAAAUUGUGGAACUGAAAGAUAUAUAAGAUGCUCUUGGCAAUGGUCCUGAUGCAGUUCCUACUUGAUGUGCAACGUUCGUCUCAGCUUAGUAUUUAUCCCUUUAAAAAAUUACAGAAAUUCCUGGCAGUGUUACGAGUUCAUUAGUGGAAUGUAAUGAAUGCCUGCACCAGAAUCUAGAAGAUAUAAGACAAUAAGGAAUAACUGUAAGGAUU